GGGAAGUUGGAUCUUUUGGUUGAAAAUGAGGGUUUACCGGCCGGCCUCGUGAGAGUGUGUGCGCAUAUAUAGAUACUAAAAUGUAGUAAAAUAUAUGACUAAAUUGGACUUGUUAUGAAUACUCCAAUAAUCUGUACAACAUCGUUGCAAGUAAGGAAAGGUGCAUGGAAUGAAGAAGAAGAUUUUCUUUUGAGAAAAUGCAUUGAAAAAUAUGGUGAAGGAAAGUGGCACCUUGUUCCUGCUAGAGCUGGUCUAAAUAGAUGUCGGAAGAGCUGCAGACUUCGGUGGUUGAAUUAUCUGAGGCCACAUAUCAAGAGAGGUGACUUCGAUCCAGAUGAAGUGGAUCUCAUUUUGAGGCUUCAUAAGCUCUUAGGAAACAGAUGGUCACUUAUUGCUGGUAGACUUCCGGGAAGGACAGCGAACGAUGUGAAGAAUUUCUGGAAUACUCGCCUUCUGAGGAAGGUAAAUAUUGCUCCGAUUAACAAUAAGAUCGGAGACAAUAUUAAUACUAAGAAUGAGAUAAUAAGACCUCAACCUCGGAACUUCUCAAGUACCAUGAAGAAUGUUUCUUGGUGCAACAACAAAAGUAUCAUAAAUGAAGCAAAUAUACUGGAAAAUUGCAAUGAAAUUGAAGAAGCAAUAGCAACUGGAACUAGAACACCUUUAUGCAAGAAUAUCAGCUCUGAGAAAAAUUGCAAUGAAAUUGAUAAAACACCAUGUUUUUUAAAUGGUGGAGGCAACGCCACGCAACAAGGACAAAGUGAUGGUGGUUGGGAUGAAUUUUCUAUGGAUGACAUAUGGAAUCUACUUAAUUAGCGGGUAAUGUCUUGAGAAGUUGACGGUCUUGAACUUUAUCAACCUCGCUUGUCUUAUGGACAAAACUUCAAAUUUAACGUCUUAAUUGUUAUCUUGAUGAUUUGCCAAUGAAGCAAGCCGGGGUCAAAAGCUCUAAGAUUAGUUGUUAUUUUCAAGAUCAUUGGAUAUAAUUUCCUAUCAACUUGCUGAAAUAAAAUGGAAUUAUAAACCUGUAAUAGGAAUAUGGUGGUCCUUUAUUGUUUGUAUCCCAAUUACAAGUUAGGAAAGUAAUUCUGAAUAUUCUCACGUGACUUUUUAUAGCCCUUCUAUCAUCUACUAGGUGUGUGCUUUUGUAUUUUUAAGGUGAUCAAGUAAAUAGUGGGAUGUGAAAGUAUUUAGUUGUUUUCUAAGAGUGAAGUAUGUUUUUGUUUUUUUUUUCUGAGAGUGAAGUAUGUAAUACAACACGAAGUGAGUUUUAUA